AGUCCCGUGAAAGAGGAAUUAAGGACACAAAAUGGCCUUAGGUGCUCUCCUGAGUCAAGCUGACAUCUCUGCUGCUCUGCAGGCUUGCCAAGCCCCUGACUCCUUCAACUACAAAUCCUUCUUUGCCCAGUCUGGCCUGAGCAGCAAGUCCGUCGAUGAUGUGAGAAACGCCUUUGCCAUCCUUGACCAGGACAAGAGCGGCUUCAUUGAGGAAGAUGAAUUGAAACUGUUCCUCCAGAACUUCAGCGCAGGUGCCAGGGCUUUGACUGAUGCUGAGACCAAGGCCUUCCUGAAUGCUGGUGACUCUGAUGGUGAUGGCAAAAUUGGAGUUGAUGAAUUCCAGGCUUUGGUAAAGGCUUAAACAUUCUAACACGUGAGUCUGUGAACUUUACUAAACAUUAACCAUCCACAAUUUUGACUUUUUCUAAUUAAACUGAAAUAAACGGAAAUCUGGUUUUGUGGAACACCACCAUCUCUUCGCUGUGUUUCUAUCCGGGGGACAAGUUUUGGAAACAUCACCUGCUUGCGGAAUCCAAGGAUUUUAUUCUGCAAAGAAGACAUUUUCGUUACCAUCAACCAACAAUGGAUCCUAUGACCAGCAAUGCGCCUAAGAUUCAUCUAAUAAAGAUAACUUCUUAUUUUUGUAUAUUGGUAGAGCAUUGAUCUCAGCUGUCAUGACUUUUGUAAAUCCACAAACAGAAUUCUUUCUUUCAAUGUCUUAAUGGAUUGAAGCAGCAGAAUAAAGAAAAACUUGUGUGCUA